GAUCAGUGGGAGGACCCAGCCUGUCCCUCUGCUGGAGGAGCAGAGGAGGAGGUGUGAGUCUCUGCAGCAGCAGCAGGAGGAGCAGACGGAGGAGGUGGAGGAGGUGGAGGCAUUGCAGAGACGCCGCAGCAGCAGAGCCAUGCAGCAGCCGCAGCUCCAGCAGCGGACUGCUGAGGAUCAACGCGAGGCGACAGGACUCUCUGAGGUCCAAACCACACAGAACCCACCCACACAAGAAGAAGAACAAGAACAAAAGACGCAGCGAGGUGGUGGUGGUCAAGGGGAAGCUGAAGCUGUGCUCCAUCUCGGGUCUGGUGGCCGUUCUGGGGAUCCUGGUUCUGAUGGUCGGGGUUCUGAUGGCAGCUCUGGGCUACUGGCCUCGGGACGGACUGUUCUUCAGCUCCCAGCCACAGGAGGGCACCACCAUGGCCUUGAUGUCCUUCAGUAGUCCAGCACCAGCACAGGAACCCAGGUGGGCGGAGUCAGACAGAGGAGACAGAACCAAUGACAGAGGAAAUGGCUUCAACCAAUCAGAGACCGUCAAUGGGACCUCUCAAGAUGUUCCACAAGGAUUUCUGGAAGACUUCCUGGACAGGUAUCUGUACUCUGAUAGGCUGAAGGUCUUUGGCCCACUUAUCAUGGGGAUUGGCAUCUUCCUCUUCAUCUGUGCCAACGCCGUCCUGCAUGAGAACCGGGACAAGAAGACGAAGGUCAUCAACCUGCGGGACAUCUACUCCACCGUCAUCGACCUCCACAGCGUCCGGAAGCCCCACCCUUCUUCCUCUGGCUCCGCCCACCAACCGUUAGCCAAUCCACUCAAUGGACUCAUCAACUAUGUCCAGUCCAAGAGUCUGGAGUCAAAGUCCCAGAUGUGUCCCGCCGCCCUGCUGUUGUCAAGGCAACCAGCCAGUAGCAGGAGGUGCAGUGACGGAGGAGGAGGAGUCUUCAGUGUCUGCCAGGAGCAUCCGCCUGCACCUUCUCCUUCCUCCUCCAACAGACACUCCCUGCCCCUGACCUCUGACACCUGCUGGACCUCCCACCACAAAGAGGCGCUGAGCUCCUUCACGUUGCCCCGGCCCCGCCAGCGGUCCCCCGGCGCCCGCAGGAGACACUCCUUCUGGGCCAGGAGCAGCGGCCAGGAGGACGAGCAGAAGGAGGAGGAGAUGCAGCCGCCGCCUCUGUGUGCCUCCACUCCUCCGCCUCACCGAGGCUCCGAGGCUCUGCUCCUGCUCUCCUCUUCCUCCCUUUCCUCCCUGUCCCACCUCCUCUCCUCCUCCUCCUCCACUCCAGCCCCACCCUGCAGGAGGCAGAGCCUCCCGACCGCCGCCUUCAACACGGCCUACUGCAAGCUGAUGCAAGGAGAGGACGAGUCCUUCGAGUGGUCUUCAUCACACCAGGUGACCCCAGAAGUGGAGCCUCGGCCCUCACAACCAGAGGCACCCUGAGGUCCCACCGGCCCCCCGGGGGGAGGAAGACGAGGAGCCUGACUGAUGAAGCCGAUGAUGACGGCCGCAGCAAUAAGGGGUCUUCCACUGGAGAGAUGAGCCAACUUCCUGUUCAUCAGUUAUCUGGUGGGACCCCGUCUCACCCAGCUAACAGAACUGGACCCACUUGACCCAAACUGAACCAUUCAGGAGACCCUGUUUACACUAACUAAACCAGAUUAACCAGAACAGAUCCAACCAACACCCUGUCCCCGUUUCCCUUCCAGAAACAACCCAGACUGACCAUAACUAACUAAUCCAAGAUGUCCUGGAAGGACACCAGUCCAGCAGCAGGUCCUUCUUCUUCGUCUCUCUAAGGGGAAGGGGUCAGGGGUCAGAGGUCGGAGGAUGUUCUUGCUCCAUGCCUGCAGUGCAUGCUCUUUAAGCACCUUCAGUAUUUUGCACUUUUUGAUCUUCUAUGCUUCAUUCUUCUGGGACUACUUUCCUUGGCGGAGGUAUUUGUCCCUGCUGUGUUGGACCUGGAGAAAUGGACAGGUUGUCCUCCUGUCCUCACCUGCUGGACGUGUUGGGCAGCAUGUCGUUGUUUUUACUGCAUGUUCUAGAAGCCGGUCACAUGACCUGCUGUGAUGAAGACAUCAACCAUCUUCAUCCAUUGCUGCUCUGCAGGCUCCGCCCACCUGCUGAGGAACCGCCCCCUCCACAUUAAAGAUGGCCGCCUCUGGAGGACUAAACUCCACCCGUUAGAAUCCUAAUCUGCUCUACCGGACCUUUAAACUCAAAAACAAUCUAACUGUGAUUAUGAAGCAGAGAAAAUGGGUCAGAGGUCAGAGUUCACAGGUAGACCCGUCCAGAACCUGAGCUGGUUCUAACAUGAUGACUGAACUGAUUCCUCUCACACUGAACUGGUUUUACUCAGUGGGAACUGGUUCAGAUUGAACAGGAACCAGUUCAGUCUGGUUCCAGUGAGUCUUUAGCCUGUCCCAUGUUCUCUAACCUGUUGGUACCGGAUGUUUCAGCCCUGGUUCUGAUCUUGGUUCUGUCGCAGCUGAUUGGACCCAGAUGGACCGUCAGCAGAACUUCCUGCGGUCAGAGCUGCAGCGAAGCUUCACUGAAGCACAAAGUGAAACCACAACAAAUAAAGCACAAACUGUCCAGCUGA